UAUUCGUUGUGUCGCAGCAGGAAUCCGAGCUGCUGAAUCUGUCUGUGAUGUUUCCAGCAAAGUGACAUAAUGGCAACACUUACAGAACCACCUGUGAAGCGCAGCAGCAGCUAUGGAUUACUGCCUCCUGACAUGUCUGAGCUGAGGGUUGUUCUUCUGGGGAACAGCUGGACUGAGAGGAGUUCAGUGGGGAACUUCAUCCUGGGAGAGAACAAGUUCAACUCAGAGAAAGAACCAGACCUUCUGUCAGUCAGGGGGAAGUACAAAGACAAAGAAAUAGUUCUUAUCAACACUCCAGAUCUGCUCCAUCCCAGCAUCUCUGAAGAUGAACUUAGAGAACAUGUAGGAACCUGUGUGAGACUCUCUGCUCCUGGACCUCAUGUGUUGCUGCUGGUACUGCUGCCUUACCUAAGUGAGGAACACAGACAGAGACUCUUCAGAGUCCUGGAAUUCUUCAGUGAUCGAUCAUUUCAUUAUUCACUGGUUCUGAUAUCAUCACCCAGAGAGGAGAGCUCAGUAGAAAACUACAUGAAUCAUCCUCCAUUAAAAGAACUGAUCAGACUGUGUAGAUACAGAUACUUGAGGAUGAGGGAUAUUGAUCAUUCAGAGCUGUUAACACGCUUGUGUCAAACUGUAAAGGAGAACAAUGGAGAACAUCUGCGGCAUGGUGGAUUUGAAGAGGAGGAUCCUGGUUUAAUCAUGAGAGGAAACAACCGUCCGUCUUUAAACCUGGUUCUGUGUGGGAGGAGAGGAGCAGAGAAGACUUCAGCAGUCAAGGCCAUUUUAGGUCAGACAGAGCUUCAUUCAGCCUCCAACUCAUCAGAGUGUGUUCAGAAUCAGGGAGAGGUGUGUGGACGUUGGGUUUCCCUGGUGGAGCUGCCUGCCUUGGAUGGAAAACCUCAGGAGGCAGUGAUGGAGGAAUCAUUGAGGUGUAUCUCCCUCUGUGAUCCUGAGGGCGUCCAUGCCUUCAUCCUGGUCCUACCUGUGGCUCCCCUCACUGAUGAAAACAAGGGAGAGUUAGAGAUAAUCCAGAACACAUUCAGCUCUCGAGUCAAUGACUUCACCAUGAUUCUGUUCACUGUGGAGUCAGAUCCAACUCAUCCAUCUGUAGCUAAGUUCUUAAAGAAGAAUCAGAGCAUCCAGGAGCUGUGUCAGAGCUGUGGAGGACGAUAUUUUAUUCUCAACAUCAAGGACAAACAGCAGAUCCCAGACCUUUUGCAGAGUGUUGAACAGAUGAGAGUUGAAGGAUCCAGAUGCUUCACUAAGGACAUGUUCACCAAGGCUCAGAUGGAGAAGGUUGCAAAGCUUAAAGAGGAACUGCAGGACCUGAAACAGAGGAGGGACAAAGGAGGUCAUGAUGAGCCUCUUAGGAUGGUGCUGAUUGGGAAGACUGGCAGCGGCAAAAGCUCAACAGCAAACACCAUUUUGGGUAAAGAGCAUUUUAAACCCAAAAUCACUCCCAAACCACCGACAACAUCCUGCAAGAAAGCAGCAGGGCACGCUGAUGGACGACCGGUCUCUGUGGUGAACACCCCCAGCUUGUUUGAUUCCACUCUGUCUGAUGAUGAAAUUCAACAGGAGCUUCGCAGAUGUGUCAGUAUGUUGGCGCCAGGACCUCACGUGUUCUUACUGGUUCUGCAGAUUGGGAACUUUAUACAAGAUGAAAAAGACUCAGUGGAAAUGAUUAAGAAAUACUUUGGAAGGAAGUCUCAACAUUUCACCAUCAUCAUCUUCACCAGAGGAGAUGACCUGGAAGAUCAGCCGUUUGACAGUUACAUCAAACAAUGUCCGGACUUUGUUAAAAAACUCAUAGAUGACUGUGGAGGAAGAUAUCAGGUCUUCAAGAACAAAGAUGUCACAAACCGCACACAAGUCUCUGAGCUACUGGCCAAGAUCAACAACAUGGUGAGCAAAAAUGGCAGCAGGUGUUACAGCAUGGAGAUGAUCGACGACUCCAAGGAAUUCACGCAAAUUCAGGUCCAGAGAAUUUUAAACGAGAAGGAAGAAGAAAUGAAGAGGAAACACAAGGAAGAAGUGAAAACACUGCAAAUGAAAAUUGGUUUGCUGGUCAAAGAAACUGAGGUGGAGAGGAAGCUGGUGGCCAAGCAGCUGCAGGACAAAGACAACAGCAUGAAGAAGGAGCGAGAGGAAGAAGAAAAGAAACGGAAAAGACAAGAAGACGCCCUGCGACAGGAAUGGAAAAGAAAACUGGAUGAUUCAGAAAAAAGGAUUCAGUCAGAAAAAGAGCAAAGGGUGAGUGCAGAGAAGAAGCUGGACUUGUGUAGAAAAGAGAUGAAGAGAGCUCGAGAUGCUUGGGACAAAGAGAGGAAGGACAUCUGGGAACAAAUGCACCAGGAAGCUAAACAGAACCUGGAGGAGGAGAAGAUGAGCUACAGAAAGCUCCAAGAGGAAUAUUACCAGAAGAGAAAGAAGUGGAUGUUCUGUUUCAGUGCCUUGUUUCUGUUUCUCUCAUUUUUAUUAUAUUACGUGUUUCAGAGCAAUGCACACAGAUGAAUGUCUGCAGUUUAGCCAUUAGCAAACAGAGGAACAAAUACAGGAGUGGCUGGGUGUUUUUGUUGUUUGCAUAUUGUCCUGCUGGAGGAGGUCAGACUGCAGUUGCCACGAGGGUGGGCCUGCUUGGGAAUUAACAAUGUUUAUGUCUCAACGUCACAACCAGGUGAACACCAACAGCCUAUCCAAGAACACACUACAUGGUAACAAGACGGUGUUAACUAUCAGUGGUUUUAAUGUUUUGGUGGAUUGGUGUAUAAUGUUGUCCAAUAAUGACAAUGAAGUAUAAUGUGAUUGCAGAAGGAAUUUCAUGUGUAGUACACAGAUCCAUGUUAAGGUCAAGCUGCAGAUGACACACCUCCGUUCUGAUUUUUAGUGCUCAAGAGUAUAUUCAAAGCAUUUGUUUGUAUGAAAAUAUAAAGCAGCGUAGACUCGCUAUGUGAAAUAUGGGAAAUUUCCCUCUAGUUUUUAUCUGGAACUUCUUUAUAACACAAGCUCUGCUUUUAAACCGAAUGUUUUUAUGUUCAGGGAUGAAUCUUUGAGAAAAUGUGCUUCAGAUUUCUUAACUUUAAAAAUUGUAAGAAAAGGUUUGAAUUUGUUUUCUGGAUAUGUACCGAGUGAACUGAAUGAUUUAGCACCAUCCACUCAAAGGUGGGAACGUUAAAGCGGUUCUUGUUUAUUUACAUUUGUGAACAUGAAGUGAACUGAACAGAACUGUAAACCUCAUCUGAGACUAAUAAAAUAUUCACUACCAACUGUACUUCCUGCAUUUAGUUUAGUCGUGUGUUCAUACCGGGCAUAAAAAUGUGUCUCCUCAUGAGUCCCCAUUAAGAUAAAGACAUAUGACUGUUUAAUGCUGAAUUGCAUGUGAAUGUUGUGCAAAUAUAGAAAACCUACCACAACUGACAGUUCAGGUUUGACAGUAAUUUAAAAUGUCUUCCUUCCAACCCCUGCAGUCUCUAAAAGUGUACACAUAGGUUUGUUUUGUGCAACUUUACCCAUGAACUGUGUACAUUUACAUUUUUCCUAAACAGCAUCUUUUAAAAUGUGUCAAAGUGUUAGCUUACAAAUAUCAGAUGAGGCAGCAACUGAUUCUUCACAUGAAGCUGCUCAGAGUUUGAGAUGAGCUCGCUUUUGAUUCAACCCUUAAGUUUGCCGUAAAGCAGUUGAAUCUAAAGUGUCAAAAACUUCCUUGAAGGUGGAAACCUGGAAACCAGUCAAGCAGGAAAGAAUGACAAGAAAAGACAUUAAAUGUUGGCAUUUUAUUCAGAGUAUAAACACCGAGCCUGGACUCCAGGUGAAAUGGACGAGGGGGGAAGCAGGUAUACACGUGUGCAGUUACAUGGACUGUUAGAGGUAGAAAGAUACAAGUA